CUGGAUCAUAACAACAACAUGACGCCAACCCAAUGGCUGGCGAUACCCACGGAAAUAAGGCUAACGGAGCUUUCCCCGCGGAUUUCCUCGUCCCUCAAUGAUACCACGGAAAGCUCCACCGUGUACGUCAACGGCAAGAAGAUCAUAGUGAAGCAGGAAGAUGUGCUUCCCACCGAAAUUAAUGACACUGCGGCCUCCAACGUGAUUCUGUACCCAAUGAAGAACCGGACAUUGGAUGGAGUGGACGGGGUUUCCAGACUGGACUUGGAGUGGCACACGCCAUCACUGGCCACGCCAAGCCCUCAGACAGACGUUACGAUUGUCACCUCAAAACCAAAGAAUCCAGAUUACAAGGUCCACGAAAACAUUGUGGCCACCAAGCGCAGCCGCCCAGUAAACUUCAAGCUGCUGCAGGUGAAGCCAGGCGUGGAGGUGUCCAUCACCCUCACCUACCAGGGCCACAUCUAUGGCGACGAGCCCGUCAAGCGCUGCAAGAAGCACGAUGAGUGCAUGUGGUGCAAGGAUCACAAGUUCAACCAGGGUUUUUGUGUCAUCAGUAAGUACCACAGGUAUGACCUGGACUACAAAGGGCACCCCGUGGCCAUCCUCACGCCCCUCGCUGACCACCUGGACGUGGACGGCACCACAGAGUUUUCCGUGGUGUUUGCCUGCUGGAACUCAUGUGACAUCCAUGUGCGGUUCGGCAAGGACAUGGUGCUGCACGUGCACAUCAUGCAGGACGGACAGGUGAAGAAGGUGGAAUACACAGUGCAGUGUUGCCAGAACCUGCUGAGAGAUGCCUUCAAGGACAGGAAGAGGAAGCUGCUCUCCCACUCAGAGAGCACAUCAGAGAGGUCCUCCAAGGCUGCCGUGGCCUCUAAAACAUCCAGCACUUCCAGAGCAGUGGUGGCCUCCUCAAAGAAAGCCAUUGUCUCCUCACCAGGCUCUCCCUCCUCACCGCCCACCUCACCCAUCAACUCCAGCAAAGAGAAGCCUGUGGAUGUUGUUGUAGAGGGUCUGGAUGAGGAGCGGAGAGACCUAAUAGAGCGGCUGGUGAGGACGAUAGGCGGCACCACAUACAGAAUCCCCCACCUGAUGAGAAUAAAACCCACUGAGGACUCUAGCGUGCCGGAGUACCAGACCAACGGCAGCAAGUGAGGGCUGGAACAGGCACUGCUGAUGCCCCACCGCCGCUGCCACUGCUGCCUUGGAAGAAGGUUGUGACACAACCUUUACAUUUCCAACAUCAAACAAAAUGCAAAACUUUGAUCAUAUUGGUCGUGUUAUAAAAUGUGUAAUGUGCAUUUGAGAAAACAUUACGAGCACCAGCCUUCCUUCCUGUGAAGUGAAGACAAUUUAAAGAAAGAAAACAAUGAAGGGAAGUAAAACAGUUUUUCAUGUUGUAGUGCUCUUUGUUAAGUUGAAAAUACUAUUCAGUCAGCUUUAAAUACAAACUUCCCCUAUCAAUGUAAAUACUAAAAAAUUAGAAUAUUAAAUAGUGUUUCAAACAAA